AUGGUUAAGGUGUCAGAUAAGUUGCCCAAAUUCUUGCUUGGUAGUGAAGAUUUCAAAAAAGAGUUUAAUGCAUGUGUUUGGUCUGAUUUGUUAGAGCCUGAUGAGUUUAAUAUAAUAUGGAAUGAUAUUAUGGAAGGGUAUGGAUUAGAAGACGUCCACUGGUUUGGAUCGAUGUUUGAAGAUAGAGAAUUCUGGGUUCCUGCUUAUUUUCGAGAUUUUCCCAUGGGGUCGCUUCUUAGGACUACAUCGAUGUCUGAAUCAGAGAAUAGCUUUUUUAAAAACUACACAAAGCCUCGUGCAAAUCUUGUACAGUUCAUCAAUUUCUUUAACUGUGAUGUGGGAGAUCAAAGGAAUGUCAAUUCACGAUUGAACUACUUGGAUUACUCAACUAUUCCUGAUUUGUCAACCCAAUUGCCUAUUGAGAAGCAUGCUUCUACAAUCUACACUGAUUCUAUUUUCAAACAUGUACAAAAGGAAAUAAGUAUGGUAUGUGAGAUUGUUUCGAUAACUGUUGAGGAUAACAUCAAGAUGCAUAAGGUCAAGGACCAAUAUGGUAGACCAUGGGAUGUUAAGUAUGAUUGUAAGCAAGACACAUUCGACUGUAGUUGUAAGAAGUUUUCCAGAAUUGGUUUGUUAUGCUGUCAUAUAUUUUGUUUGUUGAAGAAUAAGUCUGCUAAUCUCAUUCCUGAGAAAUAUUUUGAUCGAAGGUGGUUGAAGAGCUCUUUACUAAAGGCAGCCCAUGGUCUACCAUUUGAGGAGCAACUAUCAUUUGAACGAAACAACAUUCCUGAUGCUGUUGCUAAUGAUGAUGUUAGACUCUUAAUGAUGGUUUCAGAAGGAACAAACAUUCCUGCUGCUGGUGCUGAUCAUGAUGAUAGACAUUUAGUGAUGGUUUCAGAAGGUAAUGCUGAUGCUGCUGAUGAUGAUAGACUAUUAGCAGAUGAAAUAGAAAGUAUAAAAAAUAACAAGAAAAGAAAGAAUGAUGAUGCAAGUAAGAAGAAGGCAGCUGCAAAGAAGUGCAAGAAAAUAGUUAUUCAAGAUGAUACAGCCAUUCACUCACCGACUUUGGCAGGAAGAAGGAAUACUGACUUCUUCGUAAACAUGCUCGAAACUCUAAACAAGAAUAAAAAAAGAGAUGUAAGAGAGUUUGGGUUUGGCGCACUCCUAAACUUCAAAAUAAGAAGUUUCCCAAGAUCAUUGGCUUAUUAUCUGAUUUACAACUUUAACCAUAAAAGUUGUUCAAUUAAAUUGAACAACGAGGAAUCACUAUUUUUAGAUGAUGAAGAUGUUCAUAUUACUCUUGGGUUCCCGAUGGGAUCUUUACCUAUGAGUAUGAUCAAAUUUCAGAAAAAUAUCAACAUCAAAAGUGAAAUUGCUAGAUUCUGUAAAGGUUGA